CAAGCAAAACAAACAGGUCGACAGAAGAAAAAUAUCGGUUGCCGGUCGGUCCUUCGGUCGGACGGUCAGAGAGCUUAUCAAGCGUAGCUCAUUUGCAUGUUGUAACGGUUCGCUGGUCUCGUGUCCCGAACAUGCGCGCUGACGCCGGUGAAAUAACGUUAUGUGGAUGCGGUCCAGAUCUGUGGUAAUGUUGUCGUAUUAUUCCCAUGGUCGGCCCAUUAUGACGGUCAGUCCGUUCGGGUUUUGUCAGCGUGACAUUUCUUGUUUUUGAAGCGACAUUGCAGUGCAAAGAUCGAAGUAAUUGUAUUCGCGCAUUUCAUUGAUAUAUCAACUAUGCAUACGCGGCGGCUGGUAAAGCGUUCGGUCAUUGGGAGCCGCGUGUACGCGCCGGGUUUAACGGGAGACGCGGCUCCGCUCACGGGAGUGAUCCAGGCUGUCAAACAUGACAACAGAGAUGCUUCGACCGGCCAUCGGCGCAACGUGUACACGGUGCUCAUGCAAGACGGGAGCUUGAAAGAAUACACCGAGGAAGAGAUUGCACAGAUGACUGCGAAAGCACCGCUGAAGUCGAGCUUGAAGAGCUCCUGUAAUGGUGGCCAGCGGGACGGGCCCAUGCAGGGCCAGAAUGGGGGCAUGCAGAGAGGAGAGGUGCCCUCCCUCAGUCCAGAGAGCACAGAGGAGCCACGGGUGCUGGAGCACAAGCGAACAGGCCGAGCGCUGGAGCCAGAGAAGGAUCACACCCGCUCCGUUUCUCUGCUGGAACAAAAACGCAAGGUGGUCUCUUCCAGCAUCGACGUACCACAAGCCAGGAAAUCAGAGGAGGAGGUGGACAUGGACAAAGUGACAGCUGCCAUGGUGUUGACCAGCCUGUCCACUAGUCCUCUGGUGCGGAGUCCUCCUGUAAAAGUUAGUGAGGGUCUAAACGGCUCUUGGAAGGAUGGAGGCUUUACUCCAUCCAGCUACAGCAGCAGUGGAUAUUGGAGUUGGAGUGCACCCAGUGACCAGUCCAACCCAUCCACGCCGUCCCCACCCCUGUCUGCUGACAGCUUCAAACCCUUUCGGAUGCCCAGCCUCAGCGGCCCACCAGACGACAACAUCGAUGAGCAUGAUGGGAACAGCUUGCUGUUCGACGAACCCAUCCCCCGCAAACGCAAGAACUCCAUGAAAGUGAUGUUCAAGUGUCUGUGGAAGAACUGUGGGAAGGUCUUGAGCACAGCCGCCGGGAUCCAGAGGCACAUUCGCACCGUCCAUCUGGGGAGGAACUGUGACUCAGAGUGCAGUGACGGAGAGGAGGAUUUCUACUACACUGAGAUUAAGCUGAACACAGACUCUGUGGCGGACGGUUUGAGCAGUCUGUCUCCUGUGUCCCCGUCUGUGCUGUCCCCCCCGCCAGGUUUGGACCAGAAACAGCCGGAUGGCACUAACGGAGCAAAGAGCGAGAACAGUACCACCACCCCUCUUAGCCGCUCUGCUCCCAGCGCACUCUACCUAGUGCACACAGACCACGCCUACCAGGCCUCUCCCACUCACAGCCAGACGCAGGGCUUUGGGGAGCAGCGCUCUCAAACCAUUGCAGUGCUCUCGUCUCCCCCCAGAGCCGCAGGCUCAUUCAGUAGGAAGUCACGAGGCGAGGGAAAGAAGUGUCGUAAGGUGUACGGCAUGGAAAACAGAGACAUGUGGUGCACGGCCUGCCGCUGGAAGAAAGCCUGCCAGAGAUUUGUUGACUGAAACAGCUGUGACGGCUUAAACACAAAAACAGGGUGGGCUUCCUUUGCAUGCAUAGCAUAAUGAAAUACAUCCCUUCUCUUUGUUGCUGACCACAGCCCCACCCUGCUUCACCUUAAACCCACGUGGACUUCGAGGGUCAAACCCUUAUGCAUUCCCUCCAAAACCAACAGAUGCACUCCCAAUCUUUGCAGAUUUCCAUCUCUUCCCUCUGAGGAGAGUUGCUUUACACUGCAAAAAAUAAAACAAAAGUCUUGUGAUCCAUCUCUUUUUGUUUGUGUUCAGUAUACUGCCUUUUUUUUUUUUUUUAGUUCCUAAAGGACCAGCCAGGGCAAGACCAGCCUCUCUGCCCUUGCUCUUUUUAAAAGAGAAGAAAGCUGUUUUUCAGACUUUGUAAAUGCUAUAAAACACAACUGGAGAAAGUGUUUCUUUUUCCAUGGGCACUUUUUUGCAUUUCUCCUGCCCAUUUUAUUAAAGGUUAAGGGUUGGACAGCCAGAAAACCCUGUCUUCUCAAGAAUGUACCACCACAGGGGUUUGUUUUAGGAUGUUGACUGGACGGCUCUCCUGAAUGGAAAUUCAUCAAUGCAAAAAAAAAAAAAAAAAGUAUGGGAAGAGAAGGACUUUCAGCUCCCCCUUUCAGCCGUGCUGAAACAAGCAAUUGCACCUACAAAGGACAGAUUUUAUAUCUCUGGUUUUAUAUUUGCGUUUACCAAUAGGACAUUUCUUUCAGGGAUGCGAUCAGUAAAAGCAAAACCAGCAGUUAGAUUUAACAGCAAAGAACUCACAGGAAUAUCUUGCUACCAAAAAUGUUUUUUUUUACGUGCCAUUUCCCUUUUUUUUUUUGGUUGCUUUUUGUGCAACUGACUUCAACAGAACGAAGUACAAAAAAUGCGAUCAUUAAAACCCAAUGGGACAGACUCGCAUCAAAGUUAGCGAUCGCAAAAAACAGUCAUUCAGGCAACACAACCUCUCCUUCCCAUCGGACUCCAUCAGCAGGAAUGAACUGCAUUCAUAUUAGAGCCAUAUAUGAACCCGCUGUGUUUUCACGCCACAGUCUGUUGCCUAGAGAGGUAAAGGUAAAGAAAACUCUGCAAAGUGGUUAAUUUUACCUCUGAAAGGUGAAGAGCUCUUUACCUCUCACCUUUUUCCUGACCUCACAGGUUCAAGUAGGAAGUAAUAAAAAUAGCAAAUGCCACAUCUACUCCAGCACAGGAGCUGGAAGCACUCAGAUGUGGUUUUGUUAUUCUUCAGUGGUUGGUACAGUAUUGUGUAACACGGCAGAACAUUGGUCACAGGAGGAUGGACAUCUUUUCACGAUGGGCUUCUUUGCAAAGGGUGACCAGGAUGGAAUGAAAAUUGUUAAGUUCUGGGACGUUGACACUUGGUUUGGCUCACAAGGAAUACGGCAGCUCGGUUGGCAAUUGUUAUCUGGCACUUUUUUGGUGGCUCUGAUAGUCUAAUAUGAUAUUGUCUAUAUAACAUCAACACAAGCUAAUUAACUCAUCAUAUACAUGCAAAGAGUGCUUAUUGCGAUCAGCUCAUUGUCUGUAUCUGUUUUGUUCAUCACAUGGUUCCCCUUUCACUUACUAUCAAUAUGUGUAUAUAGGUAAGAUAUAUAGUAUUGAAUGCCCAGAGUAACACUUGGUUUUAUUGGUAGAAUAAAGUAAGGCUUUGUUCACACUGCACACAAAUCAGGUUUCAAAUCCGAUUUCAAUUAUUAGAUCCAUUUGUUUGCACAAUGUAGUCAAUAUCCUGUGUUAUCUACAUGGGAUAUUUAGGAAUGCUAUAACCAUCACCCUGACAAGAGAUGAAAGAGACUCACAAACAUCUAAAAGUACAGUAGACUACUUGGAACCUGAUUUGACCAUUUACACUAAGAUGCAUUAAAGAAAUAUGAUUUAAUCUGAUUUCACACCUGUUAUGGAUGUGGUUUGGAUCUAGUGCAUAAACAUCAGAUUUCACGUAGUCUUUUGCAGUUCUGACUACAAAAAACCCAAUAUGGCGAAAAAUGGAUUUUCAUCUCAUUUCAUGCCACAAAUGGAUGUGGUUUGGAUCUGGUUUGUUUUAUGUGGCCUUUCAUGAAAAAAAAAAGGAUUUUCGCUGCCUGUGUGAAUAAAGCCAGAUACUAGACCAACGGAAAAAAACUACGAGCAUUUUAAAUGUGAAUCUAUAAUUCAAAUCCAUGUCAAUAAAUAUGCAUUUAAAUCACAUCUCCAAAAAACUCCCAUUGGUUUAGUGUCUUAAUAGACAAGAGAAAAAAAACAACAACCAAGAGUUCAUGACUGUUUCUGCGUUUUGAUCUAUAAUUUCCUUUUUUCUCUCAUUCUGUUGACACGAUUCAACAGAUCUUGCAUGUAAAAGGUCUCCAGGGCCUUGCAUUUUCCGUAUGACUGGAGGCAAGCUGUUUGUGAAAGCACAGCUAUGCUGAAGCCACACAUCAGCACCUAAGGGCUCUAGCACUCCAAUUCUACUCCAAUGUUUAUUGAAACUUUUUGUGAUCUCAUGCCAGAGAUGAAAAUGAGUUUUAAUAAUUAAAAGCUGCAUAUUUUGGCCCAUCCGCUGGUGUGAGGAACAUCUCAGAGGCUGCUGCUUGUCUCUCCAUUCCCUUCCUGGUGCUAUUUUAGACCAAAGGGUCUGAGAGAUCUCACAGGCAUUUUACGUAAGAGGGCAAGCUGAUGUCUACAGUUGUUUACACUCAGUAUAUACUUGGGGAAACUCCUUCCAUCACGUUUCCUACAAAUGAGACCUUUAGGAAUGAGUUUUGGGAAUAUAUUUCUAAAUGGUACCUAAAAGUUACUUAAAAAUGUGCUCUUGCCUCGGAUAAGCUGUUAAGUGAAGUUAAGAUCACGGUGCAUUUGGUUUCUAAUGAUGUUUCACACACCUGUCACCAUGGUGCUUAUGUAUUGGCUGCAGUUUUGUUAGCUAGACCACGGCGCAUUACUCGUGUUCAUUAGGGGUGCUAGUUUACUUGUGCACAGCCCUUUGUUUUGUUGUACAAUGUGAAAUUUAACAGACACGGUGCAUAUCAAGCUGCAACAUGAGUAUGUCGUCUUUUCACUAUUUACUUUCUUUAUCGCCAACUUUGUUCACAGGUUAAACAGUAUAAUGUACCUACAAUACCUAUAUAAGCUACCUGGUAUACAGUAUUUAGGACUAGUGCUGCUCAUGAAAGCUAUCUUGGUCCACGUCUCAUAGUAACGCAGUACUAAGCUUUCAUUGUUCAGAUUCAGUAGGACGCUGAGGUGUUAGCUGUCUUUAGCCUAAGUAGUCUUCUCUGGUUCUGUGUAAACAUACCGUAUAGGUAAUUAACAAUAACUAAUAAUACUAUUAUAUUACUCAAAAUAUGUAACUGUUUUGAUCCAUAUUCUAAGCUACUUUAACAACACCGGUGUACAGAUCCUAGGGAACAUAUUAAGAUGCUUCCUGUUCUGAACUUUCACCAGGUCCAGAGUUUAACAUGCUAGUUUAGCCGCUUUAAAAGACAGCGCCAUGUUUUUUCCCACGCACUGAUGUGAGGAAAAUCCGAAAGUGCGAUGUUAAUCAGAUACACAUAUGUCUUUGGUUGGUAUUAGUGUUGGAUCUGUGCAGAUGUUUAGAGUGGGUGUGCAUAUCCCAUGUCAGACUGACCCAAUCUGAUUGUCUUUGCGUAGACUGAAUCGUUUGUCUGCCAGAUGGCAGAUGGGCCACUCAGUAGUCUACUUACAUAAGUUGUGUGUUUGUGUCGAGCCACAAGCAGCAAGAAUGAGUAGAGGCCGUUGAUGGGACUGAGUCUGUGGGAAAAAAAAGGCUGUAGUCGAGACGAACAUUCCAGACUGCACAUUUAAAUCUUUUUGUUAUGAAACAGCAUCAUCAGGAUGGAACUAACUCUCUCUUAGAGGGCUUAUAAUCACUGCUGUCAUUUGACAGUAUUGGCAUUUUGCAAUGCAUACUACCGAUAAAAUAGCUGCCGGGUUCCCAUGGUACAUGAUCAGGUCAUGUCUAUCCUAGGCGGAAAGGGGCCCUGAGAGGUUUUGUUUUUGUUUUCCGUGGAGGGGGCCAGUCCCUCUGACCGCUUUCAGGAAUGUAUUUGUAUGAGGAUAUGUAGGAGUCUGACUGUGCCUUGGUGAGGUCUGAGAUUGUGCGUUGAGAUGCACAGAAAAGCAAAGGAAUGUUUCUGGUGUCGGCUUGUCUGAGUUCAACAUUUCGUCUGGAUUUAAACGUGUGGGAGUGGAGGACCCUUUUUUACUGAUUUGAGGACUAGCUCUUGCUUUUUUUCUGCUCAAAGAGCCUUUUGAUGAAUUUGAAGCUUGGGGGUGGGGGGUGGCUUUUCCCGGUUGUGCUUUGUAAACGAUUAUUAGCUACAAUAUCGUAGUUGUUUUUGUCUUCUUCUUUUCAUCUCCAGUUUUGGAAAUGCAGCGGGAAACGUUUAAUCAACAUUUCAAACAGGGGUUUGUUGAAUACGGCUGUGUUUUAAGGACUGGGGAGUGUUUUUCUUACAAGAUGCUUAUACAGUGAGAUCAUCCAUUAUUGUCAGAGACUAAAACUCCAGCCUAACAGAUAGGACCAUGCACAGAAGAUCUUAGCAUUAUGAAUCGCAAGCUUGGUUGGAUCCAGAUAUCGAUUUAUGCUUUCUAUCAUGUCUCUCAAAGUAGGGCUGCAUGAUUUGGGGAAAAAGGUUUUCUGUGCUUGUUUGUCAUUAUGAGAAGAUGUUAGCUGCAUAUUGACUUCAUAAAUGCAUGUUAUAAGUGACUCAAACUUAGAGUAGAUGUAGAGAUGUUUAUGUGGAGCAGCAUUUACUGCAUACCGAACUGCACAGAGACUGAAAACACCAGAUCAUGAGCUGCUCAUGUGUAAACAAACACAGUGGCGCGCUUCACUCUG